UAACAUGUCAGCCCCCAGCCCGACCACCAAAAGGCCCGCCCAGCAGCCCGAGCGAGGGCCCAGGCGUGCGGCUCGGCCCGGAAAAGUGGAUCCCGUGUACAUCAAUAUGCGGACCCCGGCCGGUCCUCCCCCCAAAAAAGCUGCGUGCAGACACACACCAGAGCGCAGCCGAGGAGGGAGGGGGUGGGGUGGGGGGGUCUUGCAGCCCUGAGAUCCGGUCAUGGCGGACCCAGAGGAGACUUUCGGCCUGCAAGCCUCUCCCGGUGCCGGUUCCGAUUCGAGGGAGGUUCCGAGCGAGACCAAAGCCGAGAAGCCCAACGGGACGUCCGGCAAGUCGCCGUCCUCGCAAACCACUUACAUCCAGCAGGGCAUGGAGGGCAUCAAAGUGUACCUGCACGAGAGGGAACUGUGGGUAAAGUUCCACGAGGUGGGCACCGAGAUGAUCAUCACCAAAGCGGGCAGGCGAAUGUUCCCCAGCUUCAAAGUGAAAGUCACCGGCUUGAACCCCAAAACAAAAUAUAUCCUGCUGAUGGAUGUCGUGCCCGCAGAUGAUCAUCGAUACAAGUUUGCUGAUAACAAAUGGUCGGUGACCGGGAAGGCCGAGCCCGCCAUGCCCGGGAGGCUGUACGUGCACCCGGACUCUCCGGCCACGGGGGCCCACUGGAUGCGGCAGCUGGUCUCCUUCCAGAAGCUCAAGCUGACCAACAACCACCUGGACCCGUUCGGACACAUUAUCUUGAAUUCGAUGCACAAGUACCAGCCCAGGAUCCACAUCGUCAAGGCGGACGAGAACAACGGCUUCGGGUCCAAGAACACGGCCUUCUGCACGCACGUCUUCCCCGAGACGGCCUUCAUCGCAGUCACUUCCUACCAGAACCACAAGAUAACGCAACUUAAAAUUGAGAACAACCCAUUUGCUAAAGGCUUCCGGGGAAGUGACGACAUGGAACUGCACCGGAUGUCCAGAAUGCAAAGCACCAAGGAUUACCCGGUGGUACCUCGCAGCACGGUGCGCCAACGCGUGAGCUCUAGCCAGAGUCCGUUCAGCGGGGAAGUCCAAGGCCUGGCCACCCCGAGCUCCCAGUACUCCCAGUGCGAGAACGGGGUGACGAGCACUUCGCAGGACUUGCUGCCCCAGUCGGGCUCCUAUCCCCUGCCCCACGAGCAUGGGCAGGCGUACCACUGCAUCAAGAGGAAAGCAGCAGCGGAGGAUGAAUGCCACUCAGGCGAGCACAGCUACAAGAAAGCCUACUUGGAAAGCUCGUCCAGCGAGGAGGAUCAUUACUAUCGCCCGGUCAGCUACGCACAGAGCCUGGGCCUCACCGCCGGGCCCUACCGCAGCGAGUCCAGCCAGCGCCAGGCCUGCAUGUACGCCGGCGCCUCGCAGGGUGCCGAGCCCGUUCCCAGCUUGGAGGACAUCAGCUGCAACACCUGGGCCGGCGUGUCGCCCUACGGGAGCUGUUCGGUGGCCACCAUGCAGCCUAUGGAGCGACUGCCCUACCAGCACUUCUCUGCUCACUUCACGUCAGGUUCUCUGGUGUCCAGACUCGGCGGGGUGGGGAGCCACUCCUCGCCCCAGCUGGCCGACGGUCACCACGCCGCCAUGUACCAGAGCUCCAUGACGCACCAGACUCUGGGUCGCCAGUGUAGCCCCGGCGCAGGGAUCCAGUCGCCGACCGCCGGCCUGCAGGGGAACGAGUACCUCUACACGCACGGCAUACCGCGCACGCUAUCGCCGCACCAGUACCAUGCGGUUCAUAGCGUCAGCAUCAUGCCAGAGUGGAACGAUAACAGCUAGAGGAGUAUUUCAGGGUUACAGAAGGCAAGAUCUUUAGAUGCAUUUCUAUUUAUAUUUUUAUACGAUGUGUGUUCAGCGACACUGGUAGGAUGUCAGCGAGUGGGCAAGUCACAUGAACAUGAGAAAUGUGGCACUUGAAUGCACAUAAAGACUGCACGCACACACACACACACACACACACACCACACAAAGACUCCACUCCAGAGAAAAAUGCGAAUGUCACACGGUUGAAAGGUUCACUGUACAUAUGGCUAUUUGGAUUAAUGCCCCGAUUUUGUCGAAGGGACUUUCCCUUCUUGUGUUGCAUGAGCCUUGGAUUCUCAAGUUAUUGUAGUCACCAACAAAGUUCCGAAGCAGAUGAUGGACUUUGUUGUGGCUCUCAAGUGAUUGGAUUGGGUUUUGGGCCUACAUUUAACUCUUGCAGCCCUCCAUCCACUUUUAAUCGUCACAAGCAACCUGGAGUCCACCCCCGCUGCUGUUGGACAAGGGUACACCAUGGACUUCUUCACAGUCAAUUACAGGACACCUGUACAAAAACAACAAUUUGCCCUAACAUUCAGUCUACAAUUAAGCUAACAUGCAUAUUGUACAUGUUUUGGACUGUGGGAGAAGAAUGGGGAACUCAGGAGGAGAAUUUGUCAAAAUGUCUUCAAAUACUUCACUGGAGCACUUAUUUGUGGUCUAAUCUCCAAUCUGGGCCGGAAAUGCAUUUCAGUCUCAAUGUCAGGUUCUCCCUCCCACUAAACAGCCAAGUUUACAAUAUUACAAAGCCUCCAAAGGUAUUCAAUUGAAUUGCAAGAAUGAAAUGAGGAACAAUGAAUGUGAACGCAUGCUUAAGAGGAAUGUUUUCUCUUAAACUCCCUGUAAAGUGAUAACAAUUCUAAAUGUGACACACCACAGAGAUUAAAAACCCUGCCAAAUUUGAAUGAUUUAAAAAUUUAGGGAAGAUGCAUUUUCGGGGUGUAGGCCUAGCCAGGUAGCUAACUGCACACAGUAAUGGUAGAAAUGGGCCUAUGAAUAAUAACUCAUUGCAAAUGCACCAGAUAACCACAGAGGCAGAAGAAGGUUCUCAAGAAGAAAAAUCAGGAAAACUGAAAUGGUGAAAAAAUAGUUUGACGCUAUAGCUCGACAAUGCAGUACUACAUAGUUCUCAGUUUUUGCACGUUUAAAGCAAUUAUCUUCAAAAAUAGAAUGUUCUUAGAAACAAAUCUGAAUUCACUCUACAGGGUCUUUCAUAAAUACUGUAGAUCUCCUUGGGUUCACAUUAUGCUGAAAUAAAAAAUACUGCAUUGUCGUUGUAUUAAAAAAAAAAAAGUCAGUAUUCUUUGGGGCGCGGGGUACUAAUUUUACUGUUUACCCAAAUCUCACAAAAUUCCAAAAACAAUCAAGCAUUGUAUUUACAUGAAGUUGGAAAUCUUACUUUUCCCUUUUGGCAACAACCCACGUGAAAUAUUAUAUUUAUUUGCAGAUGUCCAAUCUUGUUUAUUACGAUCAUUGUUUCUAUGUUGAGACAAUUACUGGUUUUCCUUGCAAGUUCAGAAAAAAACAAGUUUUGGUCACAAAAACUCCAUAAAACUGUUGCAGUUUUGUUAAAUCCAGUAAAAGUUUGCGCUCCAAUUUAUAAUGAUCCUUGAACUGGCACUUCUCUAAGAAUAGAAUUAAAACAUUGUUAUAACGUAGCAGCGGGACACCACAGGGAAUGUAGUUUUAUGAAACAUACUUGUUUGAGAAAAAAAGUUACUUCCACCACACAUCCUUACAUGUGGACAAAGGGUUAUUUUUAAUGCUUGUAGUUGAUAGAAUGUUAAUUGUCAAUAGUAUUUAUUUGUCACCUAUGUAAAUCACCUUGCCCAUGCAUGUAGUAAAGAUAGAUGGUUACUUUUUUAAAUGUUUUUUUUAUAACCUGUUUUUAAAAUUGAUUUUGUAUAGGAUUUUCUAAUCAUACUCUUAUAGAAAACAGGAGAUUACUAUACAGAGGUCAGUAUGUAUCUACAAUAAGUACACACCAGGAUGUCUUUGUAAAUAUACAUGUACAUAACAGAAAACUUGCAAUAAAUGUAAAACAAAUCCUUG